GUUAGUCCCUUCUGUUGAAAAUGUGUCUACCGGCACCUGAGAAUAUUAGGGUCCACGACGUAAAACCUCUUCAUAUCACACAUUGUGUCAAACGUCUUCGAAGUUCUUCGGCGUUACAAGAUUAUGCAGAUAACUAUGACUCACUUCCGUUGGAGCCUCUUUUCUAUCGGACGACCAAUCUGCGUGAUUACGUGCAAAAAGCAUGCUUACUGAUUUAUCUGUGCGGUAACGACGGUUUAAAAGACCGACACAGCUAAACGAGGCAGUGCCGUUAAUCUGCGCGUUUGGAAACACUCAUGGCGGAAUCAACGCAAAAUAUGGAAGCGAUAUUCUAUAGGAAUGGAAAGGAGACACCGGAGCCCGUCAAAGCAGAGUUGUCGGGUACCAUCCCAUCAUGGCUUCAGGGGACACUGCUGCGCAAUGGGCCUGGUCUUUUCUCCAUUGGAGAGUCUUCUUACAACCACUGGUUUGAUGGAAUGGCCCUCAUCCACAGCUUUACAUUUAAGGAUGGUGAGGUGUACUACCGGAGCAAGUUUCUAAGAAGUGGGACUUACAAGAAAAACACUGCUGCCAACAGGAUUGUGGUGACAGAAUUUGGGACCUUGGCCUAUCCUGAACCCUCGAAAAAUAUAUUCUCAAAGGCCUUCACCUACUUGAUAAAUACUAUCCCAGAUUUCACCGAUAAUAAUAUUAUAAACAUUAUAAGAUAUGGAGAAGACUACUAUGCAUCGUCAGAGAUAAACUACAUCAACCAAAUUAAUCCAUCAUCUCUUGAUACUAUAGGAAGAAGUAAUUACAGGGACUAUAUUGCCUUGAACUUGGCUACAGCACACCCUCAUUAUGACGAUGAAGGGAACACCUAUAACAUGGGCACUGCUAUUAUGGCACUUACUGGACCCAAAUAUGUCAUUUUCAGGGUGCCAUCCAUUGCAUCAGACAAAGAGAAUAAAAGACCUGCACUGAGGAAAGUGGAGCACAUUUGCUCCAUUCCGUUCCACUCCACCCUCUACCCCAGCUACUUCCACAGCUUCGGGAUGACCGAGAACUACAUAAUCUUCGUCGAGCAGGCCUUGAAGCUGGACAUCAUCCGGUUGACCACGGCGUACAUCAAAGGAGUCUCCUGGGGCAAGUGCCUGAAAUACGACAAAGAUGACAUAACGCUGUUCCAUGUGAUCAACAGGCGGACAGGGAAGGUGGCGGGAACCAAAUUCUACACUGACGCAUUCGUUAUGUUCCACCACAUCAACGCUUACGAGGAGGACGGCCACGUCGUGUUUGACCUUAUCACGUACGAAGACAACAGCCUCUACGACAUGUUCUACCUAAAGAACAUGAGACAGGACGCUGAGACAUUCGACAAGAGCAGUAAGGUCUUCUCUUUACCGGUCUGCCAGCGAUUUGUCAUCCCCAUUGACGUUGACCUCAAGGAAGUUCCGUCAGGCACCAACCUCAUUAAGCUGGAGGGCACCUCAGCUAAAGCUGUGUUCCAGAAUGACGGGUCCGUGUACUGCACGUCUGACACACUGCAUCAGGGUUUGGAGUUACCUGGGAUCAACUACAAGUACAAUGGAAAGAAGUACAGAUACUUCUAUGGUACCAAGAUUAAGUGGUCACCUCCAAAAAAUAAGAUCGCAAAAGUUGACACAAUUACCAGGACACACAUAGAAUGGAUGGAAGAUGAAUGCUACCCAUCAGAACCAGUGUUUGUGGCAUCACCAGGUGCUGUGGAUGAAGACGAUGGUGUUAUUCUGUCAAGUGUCAUCUCACUCAAUCCCAAGAAGACACCCUUCCUGUUGGUCCUGGAUGCGAAGACCUUUAAAGAGAUUGCUCGUGCAUCUGUGAACACAACAGUUCACAUGGACCUGCAUGGACUUUUUAUCCACCAGUAGUAUUAACUGAAAUGGCCAUCAGCGGAUAUCUUCCAUCCAGAUAACAUUCCUGCAAGACUGCGCAUAUAUUCAAUCCUACCUGGUACCUGGUACGUCUACAAUGGUGUUGGUAUUAAAUACUGCAACAAAGCUACCACACUAAAUAGAGUUGUACAAUAGUAUUAAAAAAAUAGAUACAUCUACAUGAUGUCACAAUAUGUAAAUAUGUAUGACUUGAUUGAUUGCUGCACAAAGUUCACUGACAUACAAGUUAUUCAGUAACUAUGUUGAAAUUAAUAUGAAAAGUUUUUAAGAGAAGAGAUUGUCCCAGAUUGUUAGUGUUGUUUUCCAAAUUCUAUUUGUUUUCUCCACUGAACUGUUAGAAACAUUUUAGUUUAGAAAAACAUGAAUAAAUCAAUAUAAAUAACUAAAAUGUUUAUUCUUUAAAUAACAUUGUGAAAUCAACCUUACUGUUAUAAUAUACAUAUUUUGAUGAUUCCUAUAGCUGCUUAGAUAUGUUAUGAGUUUAAAAAGGGAUGAAACCAAAUAGUUGUAAAUAAAUGACUCAGUUCUGUGAAUGUAAA